AUGGAGCAGGGCAGGAGGAAAACACAAAGGAGGCAAUAUUGUUGGGAUGAGGUGCCGCUGCUUUCUCGUGGGGAUAUCAUUAUCGAUGGAGGAAAUUCGGAAUACAGAGACACCACGAGACGCUGCAAGGAACUCAAGGAAAAAGGCAUCCUGUUUGUGGGGAGCGGCGUAAGUGGGGGUGAAGAAGGAGCCCGAUACGGACCCUCUCUUAUGCCAGGGGGAGCAAAGGAAGCCUGGUGGGAGAUGAAGGGGCUGGACAUUUCGUGAAGAUGGUACAUAACGGGAUUGAGUACGGUGACAUGCAGCUUAUCUGCGAAGCUUACCACCUCAUGAAAGAUGUGCUGGCCAUGGACCACGACGAGAUGUCGAAGGUGUUCCAGGAGUGGAAUAAGACCGAGCUGGAUUCCUUCCUGAUUGAAAUCACAGCUGACAUCUUGAAAUUCCGCGACGCCGAUGGGAAACACUUGCUUCCUAAAAUCAGGGACAGCGCUGGGCAGAAAGGAACGGGAAAAUGGACAGCGAUUUCCGCUUUGGAAUACGGUGUCCCCGUCACUCUUAUAGGAGAGGCUGUUUUUGCCCGGUGUUUGUCUUCGCUCAAGGACGAAAGGGUGCAAGCCAGCAAACUUUUGAGUGGUCCCAAAGCACAGGCGUUCAGUGGGAAUAAGGCAGCGUUUCUGGAGGACAUUCGUAAAGCCCUCUAUGCCUCCAAGAUCAUUUCCUACGCCCAGGGCUUCAUGUUACUGAGACAAGCCGCCAAGGAGUUUGGCUGGACCCUAAAUUAUGGCGCGAUCGCAUUGAUGUGGCGUGGAGGUUGCAUCAUCAGGAGGUAAGGCAGAAACAGGAAACGGAUUGGUGGAUGGAUGUUCAGUGGAGAAGCUCUGAGUAUAACACAGACUAACCAUGCUGGUCAAAUAUUCUGGAAAUAUUGUCAAAAUGGUGCCAACACCAUUAAAGAAAAGCAAAGAGUUGCCAUGUGCGAAUAGGCAACAGUAUAAAAUUUCCAAAAGAUAAAGAUAAAGGUAGAAGAGGGUCAGAUUAAGAUAGCAAAAGUCCCUUUCCUGAAAAUCUCUGCUUUCAAAAUUCGAAAUCCUUUUGUUGUGGUUAGUUGCGAAGUCGUGUCCGACCCAUUGCGACCCCAUGGACAAUGUUUCUCCAGGCCUUCCUGU